GACAGCAGCAGCGGACUUGGGCUGAGGUUCCCGGGCGGGCGGGCGCGGAGAGACGCGGGAAGCAGGGGCUGGGCGGGGGUCGCGGCGCCGCAGCCAGCGCAGCCAACCCGAGGGGCCGCCGCCGCCGCCCAGCGCGCUCCUGGGCCGCCGGCCGCCGCCAGCACCCGCCGCGCCGCAGCUCCGGGACCGGCCCCGGCCGCCGUCGCCGCGAUGGGCAACGCCGCAGCCGCCAAGAAGGGCAGCGAGCAGGAGAGCGUGAAAGAGUUCUUAGCCAAAGCCAAAGAAGAUUUUCUUAAAAAAUGGGAAAAUCCUGCUCAGAAUACAGCCCAUUUGGAUCAGUUUGAACGAAUCAAGACCCUCGGCACAGGCUCCUUUGGGCGGGUGAUGCUGGUGAAGCACAAGGAGACCGGGAACCACUUUGCCAUGAAGAUCCUUGACAAACAGAAGGUGGUGAAGCUGAAACAGAUCGAGCACACCCUGAAUGAGAAGCGUAUCCUGCAGGCGGUCAACUUCCCGUUCCUCGUCAAACUCGAGUUCUCCUUCAAGGACAACUCGAAUUUAUACAUGGUCAUGGAGUAUGUGCCUGGCGGGGAGAUGUUCUCGCACCUGCGGCGGAUCGGAAGGUUCAGUGAACCGCAUGCCCGCUUCUACGCGGCCCAGAUCGUCCUGACCUUCGAGUACCUGCACUCACUUGACCUCAUCUACCGGGACCUGAAGCCGGAGAACCUCCUCAUUGACCAGCAGGGCUACAUCCAGGUGACAGACUUCGGUUUCGCCAAGCGUGUAAAAGGCCGCACCUGGACCUUAUGCGGGACCCCUGAGUACCUGGCCCCGGAGAUCAUCUUGAGCAAAGGCUACAACAAGGCUGUGGACUGGUGGGCCCUAGGGGUUCUCAUCUACGAGAUGGCUGCUGGCUACCCGCCCUUCUUCGCUGACCAGCCCAUCCAGAUCUAUGAGAAGAUUGUCUCUGGGAAGGUGCGGUUCCCAUCCCACUUCAGCUCUGACCUGAAGGAUCUGCUGCGGAACCUGCUGCAGGUGGACCUCACCAAACGCUUUGGGAACCUCAAGAAUGGGGUUAACGAUAUCAAGAACCACAAGUGGUUUGCCACAACUGACUGGAUCGCCAUCUACCAGAGGAAGGUGGAAGCUCCCUUCAUACCAAAGUUUAAAGGCCCUGGGGACACGAGUAAUUUUGACGACUAUGAGGAGGAAGAGAUCCGAGUCUCCAUCAAUGAGAAGUGUGGCAAGGAGUUUACUGAGUUUUAGGGGUGUGCCUGUGCCCCCAUGGGUUUUCUUUCUUUCUCUUUUUUUUUUUUUUUUUUUUUGGUGGGGGGGUGGGAGGGUUGGAUUGAACAGCCAGAAGGCCCCAGAGUUCCUUGCAUCUAAUUUCACCCCCACCCCACCCUCCAGGGUAGGGGGAGCAGGAAGCCAGAUAUUCAGAGGAAUGGAAACACCAGCUGCUCUCCCUCAAUCCCUCUCCCUCCUGCCCCUCCCCACCGCUUUUGCCUUCCUCCUCCCCAGAAGCCCCCAACCCAGCCCACUUCUGCCUGUUUUAAAUGAGUUUCUAUGUUCCAGUCAGACCAAGUCUUGCUGGUGUAUUCAGGGACAGGGUGUGGAAAGAGGGGCCCAAACUUAACUCCAUCCCCACCUCCCCAAACCACAGGCAUCACCCACUAAGGGCGAAUGAAGGAAAGGCCAGCCUUCUCUUCAGAGCAGUCAUGCCUGGAAAGGAGAGAUUUUAGUAACCUGUUGGGUGGGCUGCUUGCUAGAAUUAAAAAAAAAAAAAAAAGUAUAAUCUUAUUUAAGUUCCACCAGUGCCUCCCCUUCUUCCCCUACCCUUCCCAUAUCUCCCCCUUCCCAAAUC